GGUAUUCUGGGGCAAAUAGUUGCGGAAAGAGUAGGAUUGGAUCUUUCACCCAAUCACGGCGAAGGUGGCUGACGCACCAUUAAUUUGCUGACAACCUCCUGGCCGCAGGAGGGCUGCUCACAAGGCUGAGGCAUCCACACUGGCGAGGCUGAGACAACGCUGCUGGAGCAUUAAGUCCAUCGCAAGGAAGCGACCGCAAUUCCGGUUUUCUACCGACUGACGGAAGACAAGAUCCAUGUUCCAGGUAUUCCGUUGACCUGGCGCAACUGUAUCGUAUCGAGCCAAUUCACGCGAUCCUCUAUAGCCCUGUUACACACCCACGAUAACAGUACAUAUCGACCAUGCCGAAGAGGAAGAGACGGACUCAUCCUGGGGGUGCUGCGCCUUUAACUGAUCUCAAGUGGGAACUAAAGCAAGAGCUGGACCGAUCAGGUUAUGGAAAUACUAAGCGUGACGCAAAGUUCAUAUCCAUGGGGUUCAUCACCAGGCUUUUCAGCUUGUCCAAGCCUUCAAAAUUGAAGAAAAGCCUGGAGAAGGACUGGGAGGCAGUGAGAAACAUGGGCGAUGAAAAUCGUUUUCCCAAUUUCACGCUUGAGCAGCUUGAGGAAGACGUGCGAUCGCGAACCCCUAAACUUUACACGAUACUGCAGCUGAUUGACCAGCCACAACUCAUCAUCCCGUUACUCUAUGGAGAAACUCCGGUCACAGACAGUAUCUGGGAAGGCCAUAGGACUCAUCGAGAAGAUCUUCCAUACUGUACCAAGGACUACCUUCGCUCUGUCAAAUAUCUGAGUGAGUAUGCAGAAGAGAUCUACGAAAAGCAAUGGUACGUCCCUCCGGUCCUACGAUCGAAUGCUUGCGAAAUUUUCCCGGUCGGACACUUCCGAUUUCCCUUCGCAGAGGACCCCGUGACGAUUGGAGAAGGGGGGUAUGGCGAAGUGUAUAAAGUCAAGAUCGCCCCUGGACAUUUGAAACUGGAGGAAGAUCACAGUUACGAGGAGGGUAGUUUUGUGGCAUGGAAAGAAGCAAGAUUGGACCGAACAACCCGCGCAGCAGCAAGAAAAGAAGUCGAGACGAUCAAAUCACGCACUCACUGGAACAUCGUCAAAUUUCACACAAGCUUCUUUGCUGGACGCGAGCGACCCUGGGCUCGAGACGAACCUGUUGAAUGUCUUCACAUGUUCUUUCAAUAUGGGAAUUCGACGAUGGAAGGAUGGUUUGAGAGGAAAUCUGCACCUCCAACCCUGGAGAAUGAGUUGGAGAGGCAAAAAUUUGUGAUGAAGAGCAUCGGAGAUAUUACAGAAGCCGUGAUGGUCAUACACAGGACUGACGAGCAUGGGGAGGUGGCUUUCCACCAUGACCUUAAGCCAGGUAAUAUUCUGUUCUUUGACAGUCACCCGGGUACAUGGAAGAUCUGCGACUUUGGUAUGGCACGCCUGAAGUAUUACACCGAGAGCAGCACUGCGCAAGGCCCAAACAACCGGUUCGGCACCCCCGACUAUCAGCCGCCUGAGUACAUCGAGAACGGCACGGAAAGUCACGGACGACCCUUCGAUGUCUGGUCACUUGGAUGCAUAAUCCUAGAGUUAGCAACUGUGUGGAAGUUUGGAUGGGCAGACGAAGGCAUCCAUGAAUUUAGGGAACGUCGGCGCCAAGCAGCCUCCUCGCUGGCAAACGCUGAUAGGUCUAGUUCCUCCCAAUCAGACCAUGCCCCGUUCAAAGGGAACCAGCAAGUCAUCAAAGACUGGAUGGACCAAAUCGAAUCUGGAAGUAACGUGGACGCCGAUUUUCGAAAGGUCCUCCAUUUAGUAUCCGAAAUGCUAGUCUCGAAAGCACAGAGGAUUUUCGUCUGGGAGGUUCACAUGGACCUAUAUCAGCAAGCAAACCCCGGCUUGACGCGGCAAGAGUUGCGCGACUACUUUCGCCGCAAUGUCGUGCAGCGUCCCAAGGAAAAUAGGAAUGGCUCCAGUGAUACUCACAAUCCCCAGACGCGUGCCCGAGAAUUGGGGAAAGAUUGGCAACUGGACAUUCUUGAGGAACAUGGAUGGUCUGAUGGCCGGCCUCAAGCGACACAACAACUAGCCGUGAAGCGGGUCAACACAGGGACGUACUUAUCUACCUUGGAAAAAUGCUCAAGCGCUGAGAUCUUUGAGAAGAGUCCAUUCUAUGGGCGCCUUGAGACCGAUGCUCAGAUCGAUGCAGGGUUUGGUACCUCCAACUGCAUUGGACUCUGGGGACUGGGCGGAAUAGGUAAAUCACAUUUAGCCUACCACUAUGCCGCGAGGCUUCGGAAUCCGCGAUUCGAAUCAGACAGGAAGCAUACAUUCUGGGUUGAUGCUGCCACCAAAGCUCGAUUUGAGGACUCGAUACGCAACAUUGCACGAGCGAUAGGGCUAGUCGCAUCCAGCCAAGAAGAUAUCUACAAGAACGUGCAGACCUGGUUAUGCAAUGCAGAAAGUGGGCCGUGGAUGGUCGUAAUAGAUGACCUUAACAACAACAAUUUCGCUCAGGAUCUGGUCCAGUUCAUACCCAAGUUCAGCGGACAGAUACUCAUCACCACGAGAGACAGAGCCGUACUUACGGAUCUAGACAGUCUGUUCCCGCAAGGCAUGGUGGGCAUGAUGAGAUGUUGUUUCCACAUAGAACAAUUACCGACGAGCGAUCUGCGCACAAUGUUCAACAUGCUCAGCGGCAAUUGGCCUGUACACGAUUCGAACACAAUCGACGAGCUUCUCGAUGCUCUUCCAUCACCAGCUUGUGUUCGAUUCCUAGUCAAGUACUUCUCUGAGUUCAACAUGUCCGCACAUGAGCUUCCCAGCGUUUUGGAUGCCCCGCGUAGGAAUCUCGCCCUUCCUGAGAAAGUAUUCACCAAUCUGACGCGCAACAACUCUUUUUUCGCACCAUUGUCUGAUCGCGGUAUGUCUGGAGGACCGACCUCGAAAGAGUCCCGUCGUUGGAGCAGCGGAGCAUUGAAACUCCUGGGAGAAGUCUCGUUUCUCGACAAGGACAACAUUAAUCUCGCACUCCUACGACAAAAGUAUGCAAAGGAGUUCGUUCUUCGUGAACUUGUCGGACGGCUAAAGAAUUGCUCCUUCCUUGUGGCCGGAACAGCUCCUGAGACAUUCAGAGUACACAAAACCAUCCAGUCACUGAUGCGCCAAUGGACUUUCACUCACUUUGGUCUUCGUGCGUUGUUGAAACUCCAAGACAACGCUCUUUGCAUGAUCCUUCACGAGUACAACGACAACAAGCUGCAAUCAGCCGAGACCUUUGGAGUCGGAACUUCAUCGUACUUUCAAAAGCUACCCUUAUUGCAACACUUCGAAUACUUUCUGGACUUUUCCAAGGAAUACUUCAACCAGAUUGGCUUACAAGCUCCUGAGCUAUCGUGCUCUUACAACAUGGCUCGCUCGGUCAUCACGUUCUCGCAAGUGUACCUGGAGGAUGGUCGCUACGAGGAUGCAGCAUGCGUACUCGAAUGCUUGAAAACGGUAUACAAGGGAUCCGAGUGGCGGCCACAGCUGAUACGUUACCUCUGCAAAGCCUAUACGUCCCCCCCGCUUGCAAGUCGAGACCCAAAACUUCACUCCGACGGGGCUGAAGCACUCGAGCGCUUAUAUCGAUUGUCCAUAACGCAGCAAACACGUAAUCAUGAGCAAGAAUGGUGGUGCCUACUGGAUUUGGCCAACUGGCAUAGCAAGUGCGGACAGCCGGAACAAGCUCGAGCAGUCAUCGAAAGACUGCGAGAAGUCAACAUGACUGCAAGGCUUGGGAAACCCAUUGUAUCUCGAAACUGCACGCAAGGACUUUGUGACUGGGCCGUGCCAUGGAUGUGCCCCCACGAUCGUCACUUCCCAACCCAGACGAUUGAGAUAAAGCUCGCCAUCGCCAAGUCCAUUGCAAAGGCUCGUUAUCAUGUCGCCAUAGCGAAACGAACCGAAGUACCAAAAGAGAAAACGCAGGCUCUUUGCACCGCAAGAGAUUUACUCUUCACUGCGAGGACGGUAACGGAACAGCAACUUCCAAACGAAUACGAAUGGCUAUCGAAGCAAGACGAAGACCUGGCUGAUGUUCUGUGCAGAAUGGACGACACUAUCUCUAUCAAAAGGGGUAUUCACAUUUACACAGAGCUCACUAGCUCACCGUUGUCAGGACGAUCAGGAGUCAGCGAGUUGAGAAUGUGGGGUCUCAAAUGCAGCCUGGCUUUUGCACGACUAAAGCUCCAUGCCGAGAACACCGACGAAGUCAACGCACAAGCCUUCAAUGUACUACAUUGCGCACUCGAGGACAGUAAAGCACGAUACGGACGCCCUGAAGGCUUGGUUUUCGACGGUCACGUGCGCGUGUGCGCACAUAUAUUGCGAGAAGCGUGCGAGAUGAUUGGCAACAAGGAGGAAGCAAAGAGAAUCGCAGUUGAGUACAGGCUAGAGGUCAUUCCACGCGCUUCGACUCUUCCGGUGAUUGAUGAGAGGAAUAAAUUGGGUCCAAUUGUCCUGCUACUGGUAUUUUUCGCCCUAUAUUUCCUACUGGCUCGACUGUUCGAGUGUGUACAUGCUGCGUUGUGAAGCUAUCAGGGUAGAAUCUGGCUGGUAGGGAACUUUCAUUGAGUCUUAUACUCCAAAGUAUCUGAGCUGCCUGAGGUCUGAUCCAUGAACGCCACACACAUAUUGAGGCUUGAUGUUCUCCAACACCAGCCCAGUGCAUCGACGCCGUCCGCAAAGGCGUUACAGAACGGAUUGUCCUACACUCAAAGAGCCAUUGCAACAGGACUUAAGUACUCACAAAUUACGAACCUAGAAGGGAGGCAUAAUACAACAUUCUAAAGCUUGAAACUACAAGAAAAAGCUUUCU